UUUUUCUUCGCUGCCGUGAUUUGCUGUGCAAGUUGUUGCGCAUUCUUUUCGCACUCAUUUAGCGAUAAUUGCAACAUUUAACGUGAUUAGUCCAAUCAAUCGCGAUUACUGGGUGGAGCUCCUCCUCUGGGUGGUGAAAAUUGUUUAUUUACUCAAGGAUUUCGUAAGAUUUGACCGUUCUCAGCGACAGUGAGGUUAUGUGCUGAGGGUAGGAUUUCCAGACAUUCCUCUGCAGGAGGUCUUUUCGUGGCUUGAUUACACAGGGAAGUCUCAACAUUAUGGCCAAUUGGACGAGGAAUGAACCACAGAAUUCGUCCAGGAGGAAAAAGUGGAAUCUCGACAACAAACAGUCUCUCGAUAAUCUCAAAUACCAAAUAGCCGAGGAUGGUUGUUCACAAGUCCAAUAUGAUUUGGCAACCAAAUUGCUGGCGGAAAACUCAGACGGAGAUAACGAGAGCAAAGGCGUCCAUUGGCUCACGCGGGCUGCCAAGGAGGGUCACGAGGGUGCUUUGACACUCCUGCAAGAGUGUUUUAGAACCCGUCGUGGCAUCAGCGCAUCAAAUGAGUACGAGGUUCAGGCGUGUCUCUCGAUGAGUCGGGCCGAGAGGGCGGCGAGGAAGGCUGCUCGGGAAGUCUUCCUCUGUCUGUCCAAGGGCGAGGAGUUCAUCACGGCGGCGCAGCUGGAGAGCAAAAUGCGAGAAAUCUAUCGAAUCCAGAAGAAUCGCCGAAGACGAGGCGCUCCUGAGAAUCUGGAGAAUGGCAUCUCGGCAAGUCCUCAGCUCUACCGCCGCCGAGUGCUCAGUGGCGACGAAGAGGUGUUCACAGAGGCGAAUCUUAUUUCUGCCGCCGGACAGUAUUCCCAUGGCCACUUGCCAAACUUGAAUCGAGUCAUCACGAUAUCCGAACCUCAUCCGCACUCCCUCGAUCACGUGCCGCUGCUCUAUCGGCCAAUUGUGCAUCCGUUUCUCUUCUGGACGCUCCUCUACCAUCGCCUGAUUAAGAUGUUGGCCUCCUUGCCGGACUGUGACUACAGUGUGAAGAUUCCAGCGCUGCUUAUUGUCUACCUGACCUUUUCCAGUGACAGCACAAACUUGGCGAUGUUUCUACCCACUGCUGCCUACUAUCUCUCCAUUCUCUUCCUCAUUGUGUCCACGUGCAAGAUUCUGAAGUCGAAGCACAACUACGUGGACUUUCGAAUAUGGUCAGGCCUCUUUCUGCGCUAUGGCGAUGAAUCGCUGGAUACGGAGAGCACCGAGGCGCAGUUUCUGAAGAACAAUCUGAAGCCUUUCAUGUACUUCUUCGCGGCUCUCAUUACGAAUCUGAUGCUGACGCCAAUUGUCUCUGACCAGUGGAUUCUUCACUCCGAGAUGACGGUAAUUGCAUUCGUGCUGGUCUUCAUUACUCUCUUCGCCUUCAUGUACUCAACGUCCUCCUUUAUGCCCGACUAUCUCAUCCUCAUCUCGUUCGGAGUGAAUGUCCUCGCGAAGUAUCCGUACGAGAUGGACAGCGUGGUUAACCAAGGAUGGCGAUUUCUGGACCUCCAAGUGCCCUCAUUUCAAUCCUUUGUCAUUGGGAAUGGAAUUGAGUUUUGCCUCAACUGUCGCGCACUGCUUUACCUCAUCAUACCAGUGUUGAUGGUGCAGAUUGCGGCCAGAGAGAAUUGGCGAGGCAUCUACAAAUUUCUCAUACCGCACUGUGUGACCCUCAGUUGGCUCCAAAUCUGCAUCUCCAGCUCUCAGUUCUCCACAAUGUUUGGCCUCGUGCGAGCGACGCUAGGUUUGGCGGGAAUAUUCCUCUUCCUGCCUCUGUUCGGCAUCGCUACUCUGCUGCUUCCUGUCUUCACUGUUGUGGACUCCUUCAUCACCACCACACCAACUAUCAAGCUGUCUGUAAUUGCCCUGGUGGCGAUCGUCAUUCUCAUCGGGUGCAGCUUCCUGGCCACAAAUCCCACAACGCAGAAAUACUUGACGUUCUUCCAGUUUUCCAUCUGCAUUGCCGUGAUUGCCAUUCAAAUCAGUCCAAUGCUGUCGUCGAAUAUUGGAGUGCCGCGGAAUGAAGACUCACUCUUCAAUCCUCUAGUCGAGAAUCUGGCUCCCAUUGAGUCGUCGCACGAUUUCUCUGACAGAUCUUACGGCAUGAGUUGGGAGGUGUUCUAUCGAUACUGCCAGAACCCAUCCUGGGAGCACGUGAGCAAGGUCAACUCCCGCAUUCGCUGCAACGCACUCAAUGGAGUCACCGUGAAGUGGGAUGGAACUGUGAGGGAGGUGGAUUUGAGCAGGAUCAGCAACAGCAAAGAGACCCUGCUCAAGUACGUGAAGCCAAAGUUUCUCAGGGAUAUGUUAGUGUGCUACUUUGGCGAGGAGACCACCGUCAAGUGUGGAUCAAAUGAGGAUUGCGAGGACAUGAAGGACUUUAUAGAGAAUAAUGCCAAAUGCCAUUUGGGUAAAUUCAACACGUAUGACUAUCAAAUCACCGUUCGCAUGAGCUCGGGAGUGUUCAAGGCGCCCACGGAGAUUGCUCUCGUGGCAGAGCAUGAGUUUGGGAACUUUACGAUGCGCCUCAACCAGUCGGAUCGCGUGUGGUUUGUCGGAGAGCUGAACAUGCUUCGUGAGACUGACAAGGGGUCCGCGCAGAAUCCGGGCGUGAGGAUUGACCUGAAGGCGAUGGGAUGCCUGAGUUGCUCGGACAAGGAGCUCACUUUCGUGAAAGUGAGUGGCAGUGACUACAGAUGGGAGACCUUCGGUCAGAGUUUCAUCAAGUGUUGCAAAUAUGUACUCAACAUCAUCUUCAAUCCUCUGCUUACCUUCAAGUGAGAGAGAUCCUCGAUGAUGCCGGAUGGGGUGCAAUAAAUGAUUACCAUUAGUGUG